AUGUCCAAACCACCCACAGACACAUCGGGUCUGGGUUAUUCAUAUCAUCUGCCAUCUGGUGGUUUACUCUUACGUCUCAAGAAUUCCCUCUCACAAUUUAGCGAUUUAUUCAGUGAGUUCAACAGAUAUAUUGCACCGGCCUACCAUCAUGACCGGUGCGAACGUUCGGUGCAUAUGCGCCUCUAUUCGAUGCAGAAACGUGAAUUCGUUAUGGUAUUUUUGGGAUUUCUCAUCUGUUUCGGUUUGGCCAUUGUAAUUGGUCUCACCGGACCUCCUAUUACUAGCACAUCAGAGAUCACAACCAAGAGUAUAUUGGCGAAUACUUCGCUUGCUAACAGUAAUACAGUGCUAGCUACUGGGCCAUUUGCGAUGAAGUCACCACUGAUGACCACAUACUCUCAACAACUGUGGCUGAUUGCCAAAUUGGUAACAGACAACAAUGAUGAUGAAAAGUAUGAUAAAAGUUUUCAAGUGAGCGUCGCCAUAGAUGGAAUUACCGAACAACAUAAACCACUGAGUAUUCUAAUCGCAGAUUUGGUGCGUAAUCGUACGCGUCACUUAUCUUGCAUACGGAACGAUUGUGAGGAGUUUACAAUUCUGCAUUUGGGUUUUCUAGAAUAUGCACACUAUAUCAUCACUGUACGCUUCUAUGGGUUGGGGACAUUCCACCAGAAGUACAAUAUACGGAGUAUAACCUUUUACUUCAAAACUUACAGUCCCGAAUUUACACAAAUCGAAAUAUGGUUCCGUUUCAUAUUUCUCCUCUUCACUUUCAUCGUAAUCUGCUGGUAUGCUCACACUCUGCGCAAGUAUCCUAUCUACGAUUGGUCAAUCGAACAGAAAUGGAUGUCAUUACUGCUGCCGCUGCUCCUGUUAUACGAUAACCCCUUCUUUCCAUUGAUUUUCCUAAUGAACUCUUGGUUUCCCGGCAUGUUAGAUGCUGUGCUGCAGGCCACAUUCCUAUGUUCGUUGCUGAUGUUCUGGCUUUGUAUAUAUCACGGUUUGCGUCAAAACGAAAGACGUUUUAUGCGUUUCUACCUGCCAAAGAUCAUCGUUAUACUACCAAUAUGGUUGUGUGCUAUUGUCUUAGCUACAUGGGAGAAAUGCAAUGAACUGCGCGAUCCCACCUACAGCCACUUUGUGGACACGCGAAAUUACAAUGGUUUCAAGUUGUUCUUCUACAUUGCUGGCUGUAUGUACAUACUAUAUCUAGCCUUAUUAGUCUUACGCGCUUAUACUGAGCUCAGAUCGAUGCCUUACUUUGAUAUGCGUUUGAAAUUCUUGACGCUUUUAAUGCUCUUCGUCAUCUCCAUAACUAUAAUAGUCACAACACGUCGCUUUGGCUUCGGCAUAUUAGAGGACAAUUUCGUGGCCACACUCAAUACCACCUAUCAUAGCUCGGCGCAGUUUAUGUGUUUCUAUGGUCUUCUGAAUUUUUAUCUAUUUACCAUGGCAUAUGUAUACUCCCCAAAUGGACGAUUUUCUCAAGAGAUCUCUGUUACCAAAGAUAAUCCCGCAUUUUCGAUGAUAAACGACUCUGAUGAAGAAGUUGUAUAUGGCUCCGAGGACGAGUCACGUCGUCCUCUCACUGUUGGUAACAAAAAUGAUUAUGACAGCGAUUAAAACAGCAUAUUUUCUUAAUUUGCUAUAUUUACUACAUAUAUAAAACUAGACAGUCUUAGCAAACAAUAAUUUAUUGGUAGUCAAAGAUAUAAGAAUAACUUCGAUUUUAUAUACCGUUAGUAUCUUUAACUUUUUUCGUAUCAGUUGUUUGCUAUGCACAAAAUAAUAUUUUUUCAUAUCUAUCAUUUAACUACUUUUGUAGUAUGUUUAAUUUCCAAUUAGUUAGUCUUUUCAGCUAGGCGUUAAAAUUUGAAUUUCGUAUAUGAACUAUCUCCCUCCCCCCUUUUACUUUGUAUUUUCCAAUUAAAAUUUAACUGUAACUCGCUACAACAAGAGUAUUCGAAAUAGCCCUUUAGUUCGCUUUCAAAUGCACACUCAUAAAAAAUCGAAACCAAUGCAAUUUUUCUUAUCUUUAAAUAAGUCUGUUUUAUUCAUAUGUAUAUAUAUAUAUAUGUACGUUUACAUAUCGAUGGUCCUCUGCAAUAACGACACAAUUCAAAAUUCAAAAAUUAAAAACUUGUUACUGUUAAGCUGCUAACGUCUCUAAUCCCCUUGUCUUAUCCUUACUAAUUACAGCAGCAAUCGGAAAAGGAUUAGGGAGAGUUUUUUAUUUUUUCAAUUUUGAAUUGUGUCGUUAUUGCAGA